CGGCGGCGGAGCAACACACGGCUGGGGCUCUGCAAGGCGGAUUAUCUACCCCCUCCCACCUCCCGAACAGCACAUCUACCCCCCCACUGGCUCUAUCCGAACCCCCCCAAAAGCACCACCUCCCCCUUCUCCCACCCUCACCCAAUUCCUAUUUAUUUAUAGGUGUGUGCGGGGGGCCCCCUGCAGAAAUCCCUAGGGGGGAGGGAGAUCCACGAGUGGAUUUUACAUUCAUGAUUAUGGGCGACAAGAAGAGCCCGACCAGGCCCAAAAGGCAAGCUAAACCUUCGGCCGAUGAAGGUUACUGGGAUUGUAGCGUCUGCACUUUCAAGAACAGCGCCGAAGCCUUCAAAUGUAGCAUCUGCGACGUCCGGAAAGGCACCUCGACCAGGAAACCCAGAAUAAACUCCCAGUUAGUUGCACAGCAAGUGGCGCAACAAUAUGCCUCCCCUCCACCCCCCAAAAAAGAGAAGAAAGAGAAGGUGGAGAAACCUGAAAAGGAGAGAACAGACAGGGAGAAACUUGAAAAGGAAAAACCAGAAAAGGACAAGCUAGACAGAGAAAAAUUAGACCGGGAAAAGCUGGACCGGGAGAAACUGGAUAGAGAAAAGCUGGAUCGGGAAAAAUUAGACCGGGAGAAGCUCGACAAGGAAAAGCUGGACCGGGAUAAGAUCGACAGAGAAAAGCUGGACCGGGAGAAAAAUGACAGGGAAAAGCUGGAAAGAGAAAAGUUGGAUAGAGAGAAACUGGACAGAGAGAAACCAGAGAAGGAAAAACCAGAGAAGGAAAAGCCAGAAAAAGAGCAAAAAACAGACAGAGAGAGACAUGAAAAGGACAAGGAAAAGACAGAGCGAGACAUCAACUCAAGUGUCGUUAAGAAGACGGCUAAUAAAAAGACCAGACCAAAGCCGGACAUUUUACGGAAUCCAUCAGUCGACGCCAGUAUUCAGUCUGGAAACCCCAACACAAAGAUCAGCAACUUUAAUCACACUUCAAGACCCAGGCUGAAAAACAUUGACAGAAGUACCGCACAGCAACUAGCAGUGACAGUGGGCAACGUAACUGUAAUAAUCACAGACUUUAAAGAAAAGACUCGCUCCUCUUCCACAUCUUCAUCCACAGUGACCUCCAGUGCGGGCUCAGAACAACAGAACCAGAGCAGUUCCGGCUCUGAGUGCACAGACAAGGGAUCUUCUCGCUCGUCGACCCCAAAGGGCGACCUGUCUGUUGUCAAUGACGAGUCUUUCUGAAGAAGGCCAAUAUUGCACACAAAUUGAUGGAAACUCUCAAACUGGGUACGGAAUUCCCAGACACCCAGUUGCCUGUGUUGGCCGCAUACCCCCGGAGCAUUAUUGUUAUUAUUAUUAUUAUUAUAAUUAUUACUUUGGUUUUGAGAAGGAGACUUUAUUUUCUCUUUUCCUCCCCUUUUUGGACAACAAGCCUCUUCCUUAUGCUUCCGGGAUCAUUUCUACGUGACGUGGGCAUCUGGGCUACCGAGGAAUUUCCUACCCUCAACAAUGACCCUUGACACUUGCGUAUUCCAUUAUUUUAUAUGAUUUUCUUAACAAUCAUUUAUAAUUGGAUGUGCGCCUAAAUCUACUUUUUUUUUUAUACAGAUCUGCUGUGCACAAUUUUUUUUCCAUGUACAUGAUAACUUUUUUUUUCUCUUGUGUUAUUUUUUUUCUUUUUGACUUUUAUUUAUUGCAUCGUCAACCUCCUGUCCACUUCCUGCAUACCCCCACCUUUCUGUUUUCUUUUCCCCCCUUCCCCUUCCUGUAAUACAGCAUACUAUCGAUUUUUAUACAUCAAUAUAUAUAUAAAUAUAUAUAUAUAUAUAUAAAUAUAUAUAAAUAAAUGGUUAUUUGAAACCAAUACAUAGAAAAAAAAAAAA